UUGGGCUGUGCAGGGAGGGUGUGCAGGAGCUCCAGCCCCUGAUCAGCAUGCAGGUGGCUGCUUCUGGGGCAAGGUCCCUGCUGGUGCUCACAUCAGCCUCGGUCCCCUGUCCCCUGCUGUGAUCCCGCUGCCUCUGGACACCCCGACAGCAGUGAGACCCCAGACUGGGCUGCUCCGCUCUACGGUGGGGAGAAGGAACACCACUGGGUCGCUGAGAAGUCCUAAUCAAGCUUCUGCAGCCCCACCGUGUCACCAACUCCUUGGCAGUGUCCUCUUGGGGAAGUCYUGGGAGAAGCCUUUUCAGACAGUCCUCCUCAAUCUGCUGAARGAGGGCCACGUCUGCCUUUGAUCAGAGGAACCCGAGCAUGCAGCACRCAGAGCCCGACACACACGGUGUCACCCCCUGGGUGAAGCCCAGGGAUGAGAUGUUUGUCUUCAUGGAUGGGAAAAGGGCGAGUGACAUCCACUGCCAGACACCCAUUGCUUCCCACCAGAAACUCUUCAGCAAGGAGGCAMAGAAUGAGUGGAGCAUCUGGGAGGAGAACAGAGCACUCUGGCAGGAAAACCAAGUCCUCUGGAUCAAAAACAGGAUGCUCUGGGAAGAAAACAAGGCCCUGCAAUAUCUCCAGUCACAGAGCAAAGCUGUCCAGGUAAUUUACACUGAUGCUGCUCAGCAAAGCCUCAAGAACAAAAAUAAUACAUUUAAACUCUUCCAGGAGAGGAACACAGGCUUUCAGCUAGGCAAAAAAGCUCUCCAGGCGGUCCAGGAAAAUAAUAAAAUCUUUGAGGAUUUCCAGCAGGAGAAUGAAACACUCCCUGUUACCUGGAAAGUCCAAAAAGUCAUCCCAGUCCAUGAUGGGAGCAAAGAUGCCAGCUCAGGUCUUCAGAAGAACACUGACCCCAUGGCAGCUGUGGAAAAAGGUAACCCUGRCCCCAUCCCCCAGCAGAUACCUGAAGGUAAAGAGGAGAGCACUAUUCCAACUCAGAAUAAUACCCAGUCUGCCCCAAGAAUGCAGGGUGAGAAUGAAAUCCUCCGGGUUCUCCAGGACUUAAGUGAGCUUCUCCACACCUUCCUGAAAGUGAACCAUCCCCAUGGGGAGAAACAGUGCUGUCAGAAUCUGUGGGAUGUGAACAGCUCCUUCCAAGAAGAUUACAAUAAACUGAAACUGCAGCUGAAUGCUGUGAAAAACACCGUGUCAGACAUUACAGCUCAAAUGGAAAUGCUGGAGAARGAGAUCAUUGCCAUCACUUCCCCGGGACAUGGAGAAGCAGGACAGAAGCUGGCAGCUGAGCAUCAGCUUGGAGAUAUAUGAAGCUUGGUGCUAAGAACUGCUAGUCCAGUUCCUGGAAAGCUUCCCCCCUUUUUCAGGAAACCUGAUAAAAUGCCAAUAGAUCCUGAAGACAUCUGGGAAAUAUGGUGUUAUUCUGAAAUUUUCUUGCACUACUUAGAUAUAUUUCACCUUCUGCUUAUAUGGCUGACUGUCAUCAAUUUGCCUAGUGUCAGGAAUCAUGUUUUUCACUGUUUUUUUUCCCAAAGUUUCUGAUAAUAGGGCCUAGAUUUUCAGAAGGAAAUUGCUUCAGGAUGUCAGCUCUGAUUACAGUGAGAAGUAGCCAAGGACAUGCUCACAGUCUCUGCUACAAAGUGUUGAUAAAUAAAGAAGGAUCCCUCCUCACAGAUACCAUGGUGGGGCUGCAGGAGAGAAUUGAGCAGGCAGCAGGACAUAUCCUGCACUGAGCAUUUCUUGGAUGCUCAGAGAAGGCAGGUUUUCAGCUGCCCCAGAGCAAGCAAGCAGGUUGCCAAAAGCAGCAUUUUGAUGGCUUUUCCAUGGUUUAAGGCAGUGUUUAGAUGGGCAUCUGCUCCCAACAUAAUGGACAAGCCAGUCUCCAGUGAUCUGCUGAYGCAGGAGAUGAGAGCCUGUUGAUGUGCUCAGGUUUGAAAUUCUGGUCUAGUCUCAAUUGUGUGACCAGAGUGGCUGGAAAUGCAUUUUCCUCUGUCUUGGACAGCCCGRAUGCAGGGCACUUUGUCACAAUCUUUCAGGCAGAGUACGGGAACCUUUAGGUAAUCUGACAAGACAGAUGCAAGGAGACUUCUGCAGAGCAAUUGUAGGAGCAUUACUGUAAAGCAAAAGAGAGGUUACUGUGAGGUUUAUCUCUUGCAACAGGACCCCAAAAGCAGAUUGUCACUCUAGUUUAAAGGUCUCUAAGUGAUUUGGCACCAAAUUUCCUAAAGCAUGAACAAUCUUUCACCUCAUAUUUCACUCAGACWACACCACGCCAAGUGCAAGUGAUGAAUGUUUACUUCAGAAGCUUAAAACAACAGGCAUUUUCUUCUGCUCUGAGGGCUUUGGGAUGCUGAAGCAAAUCUCUCUUGCAUGAUGCUGAAGGGCUGGCUCUCAGUGGUGCAGGUAGGGCUGCAUGUGCAAGGAUCAGGUGAGAAGAAGAGGAGCAAUGUUUAUUAACAGGUGGAUAUGCAGACAGCAAGGUACUCCUCCUUAAUGACUGUAUCACAGCUAUAAAUAGAUAAAUACCUCAGCACCAUGCUGGGRAACAUGUUCAUGCUUCUGUGCUUUCAGAUGUGCUGCUUUUCUUCUUGCCAUCUUCCUCACUGGGUCUGAACAUAAUAUUUGGUAAGAGGGAGAAAUAGGACUAUGAAGACCCUAAUGCAGGGGUUUGGAGGAGGGCAGCAGCAGUAAAAAGCUCUGAUCAUGUGUUCUUAUCUUAACAAACUGAUUUGUGUCCUGUUAGAAGAAAUAAACCUAUUUCUUUGCCACUGGUCAGGAUACUGAGUCCUGCCAUGUCCCUAUAUGUGGGCAGGAAAGACACUUGGGAGUGCAUCUUUCCUCCAGGUGUUUGGGAGGAGUCAUAUCCCCUCAUGCCAGGUGUCCAUCCAGGACAGGACAUCCAGAUCCCAGCUAGUUUCCCUGGGCUUCCUUUCUAUCCUGUUGGAAGGAAAGGGCACCUUCAGGCUGUGAUUUAUCUGACUUUCAUUAUACAAAAAGUAGGCAGUGUCACCAGCUGGAGUCCCUUUUUCAUCUCUGUUGCCUCUAUAAUUACUUUGAGGACAAUUAGCUCCGACUUAGACAUUUGGUUUGGAGCUCUCUGAGUGAGAAGCUUGGCAGUCCCAGGCAGAGGAGGUGCUUCAUCAAGUGGUGAAGUGGCACAAGCUYGGGAAUGUGUCCCAGCCCUUGGCUUUGCUUUCUGUGUGAUGCCUUCAUUAAGCAGCUGACUCGGAUCUCUCCAUUGUGUGGAGAAAUUAUUACUUUGUGAAUAAAAUUGAGUUAGUUUGGGCAGAGCUUAAAUGUCAUGAGCACAUGUAGGAUCCUGGGGGGAACAAGCUGCUUCUCCUGAAUGCUAAUGGUGUUCCUGGAGGGAAUUAGGUUUUGUGACUCCUUUGCACUUUGAUCAUUGCUUUGGAUCUUUGAUUUUCCUGGUUAUAAAAGAGUCUAUACCUGGUGUAUAUUUUUUGGCAUCUCUCACAGAGAAGUUSAAUUGCUCCUUCCUUCAAGGCUUCUGAAGUCUGUCAUGUGAGAUGACAAUGCCCAUGAUUGCCCAGUGCUUAAUCUUGAGGAGGGCUCUUUGCUGUUCAAACUCUCACAGUUCCAGAAGGUACCAAAUCUCGAGAUUUUGUUACACACCAGAGGGACUCGAUGGCAACCGUGGAGGAUAAUUCCUGGGUGGUGCAGGAAAGGCAGAUGAUCACGAGUAUUGCUUGAUCAGUUAAUGCUGAGGGYACAGAAGGUGAGAUCUGAUGGAGCUGCCGGCAGAGUGCCACAGGACUGCACAGGGACAGUGCCAAGUACAGCACAUUUUCUGCACAAUUCCGUGUCCCCAGCCAGUUCCAGUAACUACUUCAGUGGGGGSCAUCCUAGAUGUCUCCAUCUCUAGAGUGAAUGCUGUGACAAUGGAUGGACUCACAGCUUUUGCGCCCUAUUUAAGGAACAAAUGAAAGAAAAGUGCGAAGCAGGCAUUUACAGGAAGAACUUAUAAAAUUUAGGCAGCUUUGGGAAAAAAAGAGGUAAGUUUAACACAUUUUCCUAGUCUGUUCACUGGUUUACAAAUCCAUGGAAACUGGUAGCUAUUGUGUCUUGAAAUCAUGGAUGUCAUUCUUAUAGUGCAUAAUUUACCUUUUGCAAAGAGACAAACUUUCCAUCUCUCUUCUUAUUCUUGCUGAUUAGCCCCUUAUUUUUGCACUACUCAUUUAUCAGUAYUGUUUUUGGAAAGCUGGAUUUUUGGCAAGGUCAGCAUCAGCCUUUUACUUCCCUGUAAAUUGGAUUAUUGCCUCUAGCUGGGCUCUGUGCAAAUGCUGACUUUCCUGUUCUCAUUUCUUACUAGACAGUCUAACACAUCUGGGUUUGUGCUGUGUUCGUAGAACACCCACUYGGCCUUUUGUGCUCAUCUUAGCAGCCCCUCCACAUCCCCCCAUCCCUAAAUUGCAAUUUAGGAAUUUUUUCAAAGUGUUUUCAGCUUUCUUGGGCCCUGUUAGCUGCUGAAGACAGUUUUCCCAGAGUUUUGCUUGUGAUUUCGUGAUGUUGAGGAUGUGCUUCAAAAGUUGUGGUGCUGGCCAAAAGCCACGCUCUCCRUGGUGGUGCAGACUGUUUGUUGGUGCUCUCAGCAGCCCAGUUUAUUCUUUCCCAGGGUCAGUUCCAGUUUGCCUCAGAAUUAGCCAUCAGCAUUCAUUUAAAUGCAGGAUGUGAUGAAAGUCUUUUACUCAACCUUUGUGCUGAACCAGAACUAGUCCUGGUUCCUCUUUUUUUGRCAUCUAAUUUGAGAACAGACUACUCAAAACAUUCCUGCAGUGAGGUGCAAAGAGGAGGGAGAUAAGUUCCAUGACAAAAAUCUUUCUUAUGGUGGCCAUYGGCUGGUUUUAAAGCAGGCAACUUUAAAACUUUGCCACGUUUUCCAAAGUGGUAUUCAUCUACCUAGGUGGGGGCACUUAAAUGAAAGAAACUGAGACCCAUGGUCACCUGAGGUCUCUUCUGCAGCUGGUGGAGGUAGGCAGGAUUGCCAGAGGRUACAGGAUUUUCUCUGCUGGCUGCAGAGAGCCUGGAGGGGCCAAAGCUGGGURGAAAGGAUCAAGGCCUGAGACAUGGUCACACCUUUUGAUGAAUGGCUGAAUGCAGAGCUUUGGAUGGAACUGAGGGGGAAAAAAUGAGAGUUUAGGACUUUUGGAAUAAGGGGUAGGCAGCUCAGGGGGAACACUAAGAUGUUGUGAGGCUAUGCAGGCAGAAAUUAAAAGGGUCAAAUCCCAAAUAGAACUUAAUCUGGUUACUGUAAUAAGAAAUAUUUUUAUAAAUUCAUCAUCAACAAAAAGAAGGCUAAGGAGAAUCUUAAUCCUUAAGUGGAUAUAGGGGGAAACAGUGAAAAAGGAUGAAGAAAAUACUUCAGGUACUUUAAUGCCUUCACUGCUUCAGAUUCUAAUAGUAAGGUCAGCUGUUCUCAGGGUACACAGCUCUCUGAGGUGGAAGACAGGGACAGGGAGCAGAAUGAAGCCCCCAUYAUCCAAGGGCAGCUAGUCAGUGACCUGCCUCAUCAGUGGAAUGCAGCCUCAGUCAGUUUGCAGAGGAUACCAAGCUGAGUGGGAGUGAUGCUCUGCCAGAGGGCAGGAAGGCUCAGCAGAAGRAUCUGUGGGCACGCUGAAUCGAUAAACUAGGCCAGUUGUGUGAGGUAACAAGGCAAAAUUCUGGGCCCUGCAUUUGGGUCAGAACAACCCCAUGCAGCCCUACAGCCAUUCAGGCAGCCUCAGAGUCAGGGAUUAGGCACCAAGAAUGUUUUUAGCAUUGCAACUGAGGGUUCUGUCCUGUGCCACUUGAAGACUGUGGCAAAACUCCAGCUGAGCUGAGCGUCAGCAGGGCAGAGGAUUGUAGGCAGAGUGCACAAUUAGUAGAAGCAAAUAUCUCCAAAUUUGUUUCAAAUAUAUGCAKUUUGGUUUUUCAGUCUUACUCCUCUGGUUUUAUAGAUUUUUUUUUAUGCUUUCGGUGAAAAAAAGGUGAAAUCGCAAAACUUUCAAAUCAACAGAAAAAUAUAAUUGGCAAAAAUGUUUUCUAAAUGCAAAUUGAACAUCUUCCUUUUGAUAGUGGGCUAUGCCAAACCUCUAACAUACAUCUUUGAUCUUACGGCAGUGUCUGGAGAAAUURUGGGAUUCUAAUAUGGAAUAAUAGAUUCUCAUCAAGACUUCUAGCUUUAGGAAAUUGUUUAAUCUCCAUUCUCAGUGGCUGUUUCUUUGAUCCAGCUUGUCUGAAGGGUCCCAAGUGCUGGAAAAACAGCUCACCAGCUCAGAACAAAGCUGAUUAUGUAAAUUGUGCAUUAAGAUUCAGUUUCAAUUUAAUUUUAUUCUGUAAAUAAAUAUCCCAUUAACAUCCAUCUGUUAAAAGUCAGGUAAAACAUUUUCAAAACCUCCAUUGCUAUGGCAGAUGUGACUGUACCAUAAAUAGCAAAGGUGUGGUGGUAUGAGRAUGUCAAAGUAUAAACUGUGAAGCACAUUUUAAGAAGUAAUGAAGGUGAUAACAUUUAAUUAUAACAAAAGAGACCUUGUCUGAUUGAGACAGACAGGGCUUCCAUUUGUGUUGUUCAGCUUGCAUUAUGCAAGAUCACUGUCUCCAAGAUCACUAAUAAUUAUAGCUCAUUAAUUCACUUAAAACAGAAAAACAUUUCAGCUGAAGGUCAUUACUGAAUUAUGUCCAAACCUUUUGCUUAAUAUCUUUUUGCUUCAACAGCUUACUUGAGAGUAGUCAUUUUCCCUUUGUCUAGCUGGUAGUUUACUGCCAACGCUGUUAAUAGAUUGUACUGAUCAUGAACAGAAUGAUGAACCCUGUCAGGUUUUCUAAAUUAGUCUUCAAAGAGUGUGAGAAGGUUCAAGUGCUCUUAACCCAUAGUUAUUUUUAACUAUUUUAAAAGUCAGAGAUUUUAUACGCACUGAGAAAGAGCACUCGACAAGGAAGCAACCAAGGGAUUGGAGCAAAUUUCACUUAUACUGGAAGUAUAAAACUAUGUAUGUGUGUCAGCUGGAUAUWAGAAACAGGUUCCUUAUAUAUUCUUAAACAUCCUGAAGGAGGAAUUGUAACAAUGCUAAUUUAAUUCCUUAAAGAGAAUGGAAAAUUAUUUUCCCUGUCACAUAGAGGAAUGCUUAGGGGUAGUGUAUUKCUGCACAUCUCUGAGAUGGAACAAGCAAGGAGAAAUUACAAUUCUUCAAGGUGCUGUCAGACUUGAGCACAACAUUCCAGUCUUAUGCUAUUCUACCUAAGCUCCUUGUUUAUGGAAAUCUGCACCAUAUGUGCAAACCCUCCCUGCUUGGCGGAAGCUGGCCUUAGGCAUAAAAUGACGUGCCUGUAAAUACCUAAUUGUUGAUACAACAAAAUGCCAUAUGCCAUGCAAAAGCUGGCAGUCUAAUCCCUGGUAAAACCAGCACUGCAUUGAAACCUUUUUAUCAGAGCAGAUAAAAGCAGAGUCUGGCAUCAAGUUUCAGGAAAGGUUUACUGCUCAGUUUAAGUGUAUUUGCAAAUCCAAGACAGCUCCGUGGUCCUUCAGGUAUCAGAUAUCACAAGGUAUGUCCUCAUUCCWGUCCAAUUUUCCAAAGAAGGUGUGAGGUCAUGGGGAUUGUAGAUGCAGCUGAAGAAUAUGGCUGAUACUACAGGCUCUUCCCAUGCACCAGUACGCAGCAAGUCUGUUUGGACUGUACAUUUUCUCAGCUCUCUUAGGUUUUUUAUCAUCACUUGGAUUUUAUGGCGGUGUGGGUGUUGGUCAAGAAGCAGAGGGUCAUGCAGAUUUGAUCACCUUCCAUGUUCCCAGCUGUCACAGGUGAAGUUGGAUUAGAAAAGGGAUGUUAUCCCACCUCAUCAGGCCAGASCUCUGAUUGGGCAUAAGGACACCUAAAUGGCCUUGAGUUUUGCCAUAUUUCAACAAUUCAGGAAAUGGUUGGAUAUGGGCUAUGAACCAUGGAAUCGUUUGGGUUGGAAGGGACUUCUAAGACCAUUGAGUCCAAUCAAGGCCAGUAUGGCUGKCUCUUGAAUAGCCACCCAUCUCUCCCCUUCUCCACUAUACCUGUAGGCACAUCUUGGACAGAGACAGGUUCUCCAUCACAUKUUCUCUAAUACUCCCAGGCUGCAAAAUACCAGAAGUCUGGAGAAAUCAGACUGUCAUAAGGAAGGGUACCUUGAGCAUCAUCACUGCCAGCAAAGCUUUGCUCAGGUGUGGYCUGAGAUACCCUGAGGGGUUUCUUGGCUCUAACUCCAGUGUGAAAUACAACACACCAUUAUAACCCYGCUUAACAAGGUGUGACACUCCUUUUAUGACAUUAUUCUGCUGAGAAUGGCAGUGGGGGAAGCAGCAAGUGACUCUGCUAGAGAACAUCUCCAGAGCUGGAGCCUUAGAUGAACCAAGGCUGGCCAGGAAAGUUCUCCUUUUCUGGCACUGACACCAAAUAUUCUGUACGUGGACAAAACUCAGAAUCUUCACGGGAAUAUAAAAAAAAGAGAGCAUGGAUGUACACAAUCCAUGAAACUGCUCCAGGCAAAUAUACAGUCACAGACAAAGCAUUUGUUGCACAAUCUGUACUCUUUUACAACAUGUCAUGUGGUCUAGUUCUCAAGAUUCAGACACAAAACUUAACUUGUCUGAAAAAAAAAAAAAAGCAUCUCCCUCCUCUUGACAGCCCAUGUUGCAGCUUGGCUCAGCCUCUCUGCUCAUGAUAUGACACAGUAGUUACCCAUUUUCUCAUCAUCUUCCUAAUCUCUCCUCAAAUCCUUGUCCAGUCUCAUCCCUUAAACCUCARGAACCUUAUCUGGGACAAGUUACCCUAAGUAAUGUAGCACACAUGUUGAAAUUGACACUUUUCUGAAGGAUGAGGUUCCUGGGGACUCUCAGAUAUGUCAUUGCUAUUGUCUGUAUUUGCAACUGGGCUUGGAUUUCACAUAAUUUUAGGAAAGUAGUUGAAUACUAAACUGAUCAGGGUUAUUUCUGUUAUAUAUAUUUUUUUCUUUUUGGCAGGGAAUAAAAACUUGCUGUAGCUGAUGGGUUUUCCAUCUUGCAGCAGGCAGAGAGCAGUCAGACUUCUGGGGCUGGGUGGGCUUGUUGAAUGCCCCUUCACCCCACACUCCCAAAGGGACAUUUCCAAUUCAUUACGUGUUCCCUAUCCAGAAUGAAAAUCUUUUUAAAAGAGGAUUUUUAGAAGACACAUGUUAUUCUAAUCAGAUGCCUCUGUGAACUUUGCAGCAGAGAGGCCAGGGACUGUUGGCAAGCUUUAUUGAGUAUGACUUUAAUGCAUUGGAUUAGAAAGCACUCAGUUUAGCUGGUUGUUUUUCCUGAUUUGCUUGGCUACUCCAACYACCUUCCCCUCCCCCUUCUUUAUURUGAUGGAGAUGCCACGAAGCUGGCAUGCAGAAAAGGCUUCAUGUCAGCACAUUCAGGGUCCUAAAGGCAAGAUGCAUCUGUGAUUGCAUAGCACAAUGAUGAACAGAAUUCCAGGGCUUCCUAAUUAACCUAUCCAAUUCAUCUUCCGUCCUUAUGGAAAAUUGCGAGUUAAAUACGAGAGAGGGGUAACUCAAGGCCUCAUUUUCAGAAGGUUAGCCUUGCAAUUUGGACAGCCUUGCAAUCCUUUCCACUUGGGAUUGAAAUGCAAGCUCAGAUAAAACUGUUGCCACCUUCAGCUAUUUGCUGRGAUAAAUGAUAGGGAGGAGAGAGGCGAGUACACAGGGAAGUGUUUCUCAAGUGCAAACAUGGAGCUACAGAUUUUACAGGGAAAAAAACGUCAUCAGGCAAAAGGGAGGGCCAGGCCUUGCCUUGUUUGAAAUGUUUCCUCUUACUAAUGUAGCUUUGAGAUUUCUACCACUGCAACUUGUGCAAAUCUGUAGGGUGCAUGCAGCCACAGAGCUGUCACUCCAAUGCAGUGUGACUUAACAUAGAUGUAGCUCAGAAGUGCAUAGGUGUGGAGGGCUGUGCUAUGCUGGUAGGGUCUGCCACCUUCUUUUAAACUUCCUUCAUUCCCAGCAGGACAGACUUGCUCAGACGUGGACCUGUACUAAUUUUUGUGCAUAGGAAAAGCAGCCAGGUAUGGCUGAAGUCCCUUGUGUUUGCCUGCAGCUAGCUGAGUUCUCCAUGAGAAGGGAGACACCAUGGUAGAAAAGUCAGUAUAUUGUGAUUCAGUGUGGGUUGCAAAGAAUCUUCCCCCCUGGAGCCGACAGACAUGCUACUUCUGGCCCUGCAAGAAGUGAUUUGCAGGAUGUGUGAUUUAGGCAAAGGAACUGAUGAGAAGCCCCCUUCCCAGGAUUUGCACCCUCCUGGCAUGUCAACCCUCAGAUUUCAAAGCUUUACCUCACCCACUGCUUCCCUCCUCUUAGACCCUGCGUGUCCCACCACAGCAGCACCCAGGAACAGCUUUGUGCUGCCCCACUACACUGCGGGAGGGGAACACAUGGUUUUGAGAGAGAAAGAAGGCAAAGGAAAAGAGAGGGACAGGGAGGGAACUGUGGGCCRUCCCUAGGACUUGCUUCCAGCCCCAUGGCUAUGACAGAGGGACAGGGAGAACCCGCUUCUUAUGGGAGAGAUGGGRUGAAGGCAGAGACCAAAAGGCAGCUGCUGGGUAAUUAUUUAUUCUUUUUUUAAUUUUUACAAUGCUUUAAUAAAGGAUAUCCUCAAUUACAGUCUCCAGGAAAGGGAUUUAAACAUGUAAAACAGUCUGCAGACAUAUCCAUUUUACCUUAGGGCUUGACACGCCCUGGAAGAUGGCCAGGCUCCUUGACAACUUCUUGGAUUUUCAGGAAGGGACUCAGCUGCCUGCUGCAUUCAGCCAUGGGGAAAUGAGUCUGGGGGCUUGGGCUGCAGCACUGCAGCCUGUCACAGAGCUUGAGCAUUGCUUGGGAUCACCUUGUUUGCUGGGAGAUUGUUCCUCUACAGCAAUGGCUUUCCUUUCUGCCUGUUGUUAAGCUAACCGAUAGCUGUGCCAUGWAAAUAUCUCAGGGAAUAUUGUGGUUGGAGUUUUCCCAGCCAUUUGAGCUCUCUUGUUUCCUCAGCACCACAGCUUCACCAUCCCACAUUAUUUGAGCAGGCUGUGUUGCACUAGCACAGCCAGCAAGAAUGGAAACAAGGCACUUGUGAAAAUAAACUUAUCAGAGGUAAAAUGAAGGUGAAAAGGCACAAUUCUUCAUGCUUGGUUAAUUUUUUUUUUUUUUGGAUCACCCAUUCCAAACAUAAUUCCACAUUAUUACACAAAAAUGAGCCAUAUAUAAACGUGUAUAUGCACACACAUGCACACACAUGCACAAACACAUAUGUAAAUAUAUAUAUGUGGAAUUCAGUAUAAAAUUUCCAUAUUCUUUAAGUGUCCAGGAAUAACUAACUAACCAACUAACUUACUAAAUAACUAAAGACCUUGUAAGAUGGGAUUUUUUAAUGUUUACAAUGGAUAGCUGUGCUCAGCCAUGCAGCAGUGAGACUGGUAAUGGAUAGCCUCAAAAACACAGUCCCAACAAUACUUACACGGCACUUUGAUGCUUCACAGUGAGCUGAAAACACAAAUAAAUCCCAUGAACUGAACAGCUUGGUAGCACUGCCUGCCUCUUUCAAAUGGAUUACGAGGGAAGAAAUGCUGCCWCUAUGAGCAAACUGGCUUCAGUUUUUUCCUGAAGAAAGAAAUCRAUGACUUGAGGUCAAAGUCAAAAAUACGCGAUUCUCAAGUUUUAAGGAAAAGAUUGGCUUACCCAUGAGGGAGGCUGUGGAGACCCAUCAUGACCAGUGUCCAGCAUGGGUGCAGGGGUUCUGCUGCCACCACUACCUACACAGGGGKCCUGUGGCAGAAUCCCCUGAGUGAUGCUUUCCUUGGAUAUAAAGGAAGCCACAGCAAUUGCUUGAGAUAUAAAURUCUACAUUUUAAGCAAUAAAGCGGGGUGAGAGAUUCUGAUUCCUCAUGCUAGAACAUUUGUUGCUGCAAAGUGCAGCUUUCUGCAUAAAAAAAGCUGACAAUGGCAAAAAAUUGAAGAGAUUCCACACUACUGUUAAUUUCCCUUCUCUCUAGGAAGAGGUAGACACCAUCCUGAGACUUUCUAUCCUGAGAGUGUUUACAAGCCAUUCUACUAAUAACCCAUUGAACAGUAAAUGCACAUUUAUGUACUCUGUACUCUUUGUGUACAGGAUUUAAAGCAAACCAGUUCAGUCCACAGAAAAUUCAGCUGGGAAAUCAAAGUGAAAAAUAAAAGAAAGGUGACUAUUUUUGCACUGUCUGUGACAAGGACUCAAAUGAAACUCCGGUAUGACAUUUCACUAAUAUAAAACUUGCAGGAGAACUAGCAAAAAAACGGUGAUGGGUCAGUGACACACAUUUCUUCAUCCCUUUUGGAUCCAUGUGUAUGGAGCUCCACACAACCUCACAGUUUCCCUGUGCUUCUGGGACUGAUACUACUGCUGAUGCUGAGAAGUGUUUCUGUGUGAUCCAUGUUAGCAGUGUCAUUGCCUAAUAUGAAAUUUGCUUUUAUGGAGAAACUCUUGGAGAAAUUAAGUUGCGAGCAGCCAAGCUUGAAGCAAUACUGUAAAAGGCAACAACUGUUCCUUGCAGUGUUAUACAUGUUUCAGAGCAAUAUACUGUAGUUUUAAGGGCAGAUGACAAAAAAAUACCUUUGCUGAAUUUUUCCCUUYUUCUUUAGCACCUUAGAUAAAUGAUAACCUUUCUUGCACUCCUUUUUCCUCAGAGUGGAUCUAUCAUUUUAAAUUUCAUGGUAUGUUGGAAAGAAAAAAAUCCCAAAAACAAAUUACAAAAUAAAUCUACUGGGGAAAACAAAAUGAUGGAUGGUCCCUCCAGAGAAUUCUGAAUGUUAGACAUGUUUACUUGAUUUCAUGGGCAAUACAGUUUUAAGGUGGUCAGAGAUACCCUGAUGUAUUACAGGCACGGCAGUUCAGGAAUGAAGGUUUGGUUUUGAAUUUUCACUUCARUCUUUUUUAAUUCUGAACAAAACAAACAAACAAAUAAGAAACCAUAAAAAGCAGAAAGAAAAAAAGAAGAAAAGCUCAGGUAAUAACAUAUUUCCUGGACUUGAGCCUGUCAAAGCACAUAGCCCCCACACUGGAGGCUCACACACUGUCAUCUGAGCGAGCAGUAAAAGUGGAGACAAGCACUGAGCAUAAAAUUAACAAAUCACUUCAGUCUGACAGGCCUGAAGUUUACUUUUCAUGCAAAGCAUGACCAGUACUCAGAAAGAGGGCACCAUAAGUGACAAUCCUCCAGGAUGCCUUCAGUCUUGUUUUCUCGCUGGUGACCUUGGAAAACAAUUGCAUGUUCUCCUAAAGUGCAUAUCACAGCUCAGCAAGAAGUUUCGAGCUCAGUGUCAGAGUAGAGUGAAUUCAAAUGGACCUUAAUUUUGUCAAGGACCUCAGAUGAUUAGAUCUUUCCUUUCCCAAAAAAAUUAUCUAUUUUGGACCAGCAGUGGCUGACACCAGGAUUUUUAAGUCUCUUCACAGGGAGUUUCUUUCCUGGCUAACUGCUAUGAUGCAGCUCUUUAUGGGGGACCAGAGACAAUACACCUUAUAGAAGAAGCUAUCUCCCUAUAAUUACGGCAGAACUGGGAAAGGCCGAGAGGAUAUUCCCUAUUUUGGAUUCCAGGAACAGCAACAAGUGUCUCUUUGAGGCCAUGUCCUUUCAGAUGCACACAGAUUUAACCAURCUAUUCACGUGCAGUUUCUCAAACAUGCGGGAUUAGYGAGAUGUGCUCCUAGCAGAGGUUCRURGUGAYACCAUCUCUGCGGGACAAGGGAGACAUUUCCUGAUCCUCAGUACCUCCAUUUUGUUACAAGGCAGGCUCAAGCAACCUGAMUUGCAACUGUAGGAUAGAAACCAUCAUGAUCUGUCCCCAGUYGUGCUCUUUCCUUGGGUUCCUGGGAUUUCUGUUGCCAUCAGUA